UACGUUUGACACCCCUGCUCUAGGUGAAGUAAACAGGAUAUUAGCUGAUUUGUCAUUUCAAAAAAAAAAAUUCUGAGAGGAAACACUUCUAUGUAAAAGACACAAAGGCAAGUCUGUCGGAUGGUUGGGGCAUCGGUUUUUGGUUCCCAGGCCAUAAUGUACACUGGGAUCCCAAACAAUUAUCCCUUUGGAAGUGUGUGUGGCUUUUGCCACUUCUCUGUUCUCUAUGGGUAACAGGCAAUGGUUGAUGCUUUCUGACACCUUCCUGUCCGGUCUGUUCUUUAGCUUAGUUUUGUUUUCUUGUCGGACGUUAGCAAGUCGCUCUGUAUUUGAGAGUUUGGUUUCAUUUCCUGGUUACAUUCACUUCUGAGUUAAUCUGAAACACACAGCAUAGUUUUGGGGCAUAAACUUCAGGGAAAAGUCGUGAAGCUUUCAGUCAGCAAUGGGAAUCUGACUUAUUUUUGAAGUUUAUAUUUUUUCACUCAAUCCAAGCUGCUGGGUGACAUUGACAGAGUGCCUGGUGUAAAAUGUGAGAGGUGACUCACAAGUGCACUUAUGCUCCUUUGUUUUAAAUGAAACCAAAUGCACUGACAUAUUUCUUACACCUAGUCACCCACUCACCCUUUUUUCAUUAGAAUGGGGAAUGAUGAAGGUAUCUAUGCAGAUGGGGAGAAUCCCAUGUAGGUGAAGCAGACUCACAACAGGACAAUAAAAGUUAAUAGGUCUACUUGAACUUUUGCAUUGAGAGCAGGUGUAUGUGUGUGAGUGAGACAGAGAGGGGGAGAAAGCAAACUGACUGCUAACCCAAAACCUUGCAUUAGAUUUGAGGUGCGACUAUCAUGAUGUUCUGAGAUGUUUGCAUUCCUUAUGGAUUCUGACGGCAUGGGUGAUUUCAUGGAAUUUUUCUUGGAUUUUUCUUCUGGAAAACAGAUUUUGUUAGCGUGCAUACUGGGGUUGGGACCAUUGUGGAUGAUGUUCUUUUAAAAACAAUUCUGGCGAAAAAAUCAUUUUCAGGUAUUUUAUUUACAACAAAGGAUGCCCUAUCUGUUGGAGAAAUAACCUUAAUUCCAAAGAGGGUAAAAUGCUAAUUCGGAUACCAAUUCUGAUUUGGAUUCUGCACUUCAUGGAUCUUAUUAACGGACAAUAUUACUCAAGACAUCCACGACACAGACGUAAGUAGCCAACCAACACAUUUGACAUUCGGACACCUGUUCUGCGUAAUUCUACACAUAUUUGACUCCUCUCCAUACAUGCGUGAAAGCAUGGACAUUACUAUGUGGGUUCAGUGAAUUUUACUUUCAGGCAACAAUGCGGUCAUAUAUUUUCAUGGUUUAUACGCAUUGGCUUACUAUGUGAACCAUUUUUAAAAACAUUUUUAGUCAUUUAGCAGACGCUCUUAUCCAGAGCGACUUACAGUACAUUGUAACGUUUGGCUGAGGGUUUGAUAAACCUGGGCUGGCUUCUGUUUCUAUUCUUGGUACAUUGAAUGUGCCAUGUAUAGUAAGUCAUUACUCAGGUUUAUGAGCAUGUCAGGCAGCCUAUACAGCAUAUGUUGAGUAUAGAGUAUAAUGAUUUCUGAUAAUGUAGUUCUUCCAAAAAAGACUGAAGUUGUAUGGGAUUCAAGUUUGACCAAAUUUCACAUGCACGUGCUCAAGGCGUGUAACUGCAUCCACUCUUACGCAGGGACACAUACACACGUGUGAGAGAGAAAGACAAACACACAGCCAUAACACCAGCUCUUCUCUCCAGGUAGCUCAAUGGUGAGCAGGUUGUGUCAUGCUGGCUGCCUGACAUGCUCAGCGUUAAACGGCUGCCUGUCCUGUAAGCCCCGCCUCUUCCUCCACUUGGGUCGUGAUGGGAUGCGGGAGAGGGGGACCUGUCUGCUAUCCUGCCCCAGAGGUCACUAUGGGACACGCUCCCCACAUGUCAACACCUGCACUAAGUGCAGGGAGGACUGUGUUUCCUGCUUCAACAGGAACUUCUGCACUCACUGUCGCCAGGGCCACUACCUGUACAGAGGGAGGUGUGAGGACAGCUGCCCCGAGGGCCUGACCCAAAACGCUGCACUAAGAGAGUGCAAUGAUUGUCCAGUGGGCUGUGAGGUGUGUGUGACGAAGAACACCUGCACCAGGUGUAGAGCAGGACAGUACCUCCUGCAUGGCCAGUGCCAUCAUACCUGCCCAGUGGGGUUUGAGCCUGAUGGACAGCUCAUGGACUGCAUUUCUCAAGUACACUGUACAGUGGGAGAAUGGGUUGACUGGGGCCCCUGCUUUCGGAGAGGGAGGACCCGGGGCUACAAGAAGUUUGAGGAGGUACAAAGACGAGAGGUCCUACGGCACCCCACCCUGUAUGGCGACCCCUGCCCCGACGUCAAAGAGUGGAGGAAAUGUGUCAUCAAAAGGAGACCGAGUCCAGGAAGAUCAGAUGGCAAAGGCAUUAGGCCAACAGAACAUUGAUGCAAGAUCAUAGACGGGAGCAAAAUAAUAGCAAGUGGCAGAUGUGAUCAAAAACAGGAUAGAUGGACAGGAGGAGGACUGGAUUGACUGGGUUGAAAGAGAGACCUCCAUUGCCUGGACCUCAGUCGUGCCUGUAGUCAGGAACAGUGUGCAACAAUUUAUUCCUCUAUGUUUGUGACCAGCUGUUGACCUGCCUUGGUUGAGAGACCUUGGAGUAGAUAACAUUAUCUGUUCUAGAAUUUCGGGUUCAACAUUUUGGGUUCAUUACAUGUCACCCACACGAUCCAUUCCAGAAAAAGGUCACUAAAUUGAUAUGAACUGAAUUGAGCAGUGUUUAAAAAGCUAAAUGUGUUAUUCAAAAUAGUUUUUUUUUGUUUCAAUCAUCAUGAUGGUGGAUAGCCCACUUGUUCUACACGUGUAGCAUUUCUCUGUAUAUCAAGUCAAAUUGAAACUAUUGAUGCCUUUUCAUGAUUGAAAUCAUUGUUACAGGCCUACAUAAAAGGUUUGUGUAGGAGAUUGUAUAGUCAAUUACAGUAUAUUGUCU